CUACAACGAAGCCGACCGUCAAAAACAUGUUUGACUCUAUGGCACAACAAGACGAAUCGAACUACGUGGACCUAAAUGGCCCAGCCGACAUUAAAGCCGAUGGCGCAAAAACGGUUAAAGUAACUUUUACCGGUGAAGGAAACCAGCUGGCUGUAUUCAAGCGCAGCAGUGACUCACAUUCGACUUCAGGAGAUCAAACCACAGGCGAUCACGAACCGAACGAUGUCGCCGAUCUCCCCGCUGCAAACUGCGGAUCUAUCAAUGAAAAAGACGUGGGGGGCGACAAAGCAGAUGAGAUAUUAAGAGAUACUACGGGCGCAUUCCAAGCUUCCUCUUCAUGUGAAAUCCCCGACAAAAGUUUCAGGGACUGCCUCGAAUUAUCCACUGGAAACGGAGACGCGGUUCCAGGAUCCCAACUCGUACCCCGAAAGUUCAAUCCAGAAAUUGGAUCUAUUAAUAAGGAAGCGCUGCAGUACAGUGACAUGUAUAUAAGCAGAAAAGGUGACCCGGUGGAGGGUGUUGGCGUCCUGUUGUCCUAUCACCGCAUGCCCAGCGCUACGGACGACGAAUCUCAUUACAUUACAACGCAUGAAAUUCAGCUCUCCGAACUAGAUCAUGAUGCAGAUUAUGACUUCGAAACAGGAUCCUGUUGGGACAUUGAAGACAAUAAUCUGGCGUGCUCGUUUAUUGAUUAUGCUUCGUUUGACAGUGAAGAAAAGCUAGGUGCAGGACAGGAGAAGAGCCUAGAGCGAGUGGAAAGCAAUCAGGUCCAUGCUAAUAAUACAGACAGGCGCGCUACUGGCGGAGCAGCGGUCAGCACUAAGCCUGAAAACGAUCUAUGUGAUAUGAACAAAUGCGUCAGCUCGGAUGAAAGUCUGUCAAAGAACCAAAACGGCAGCGGUAACUGUGCGGGGCAGAUUCACCUGUCAAUCAAGGCGACUUCCAGAACUAUAAAUGAGCCUAGCGGCGCCCAAGAAAAGGAAAACAUUCGGUGUUAUGCCAAGCACCAGGGGGAUAUGAGUCGCCAUGUCUUUAGAAGAGCUGAUAAAAAGGCAGAGAAAAUCUGUGAUAGUGCAAAAUGUUUCAUUGCGGCCCCCGGACGCUUGCACUUUGGUACUAAAAUAAAAGGGAAAGACAUAAACGAGUAUUCGAGUGGCGCGUCUAGCGCAGUCAGUGAAUUGGAUGAUGCUGAUAAAGAGGUGCGCAACUUAACAGCCAGAGCCUUCAAAAGUUUAGCGUGCCCGUAUUUCGAUGCCAUCAAUUUCAGUACCUCCAGCGAGUCCUCCGCCUCAGAGCACGGGCUGGGAAUUAACGGGUGGUCCGCAUUUGUUGACCUUAAAUAUGACAUGACACGCGCGAGAGAGAAAAAUUUAGUCUCCCAUAAAAGUGCCACGAUAAGUGCAAUCGAUAAGAAUGCUGGAAAGACGAUUAAGGGGCUGCCUUUAGCCAACAUAAAAGCGCCACAGACUAAAAUAUUUGGUUUGAAUGGUAAUCUGUCAGACCCCAAAAACGCAUCAUCUUCCACCAAGAAGAUGGAAGUAAUGGGGACGUUUGGGAAAGGACGGAGAGGGGUUAUAACACUAACGGAAACGUUAAAUUUUCGUUGCAAUGUGCAAGCAGGGGUCCCCGGAGGCGAAAGACGUGCAAAAUUCGCUCAAAAUGCAACAGGAUCACGUUCCGGAGAUGAAGUUACCUGCGUCUUGCCAAGCAGGCGGGGGGGUGAAGCCAGCAGGCAGCCUUGUAACGCAGAGGUGAGCAUGGAAGGCGCACACAAGAAAGCCAUAUUCGCGACGAGCCUUCUCAAAAAUGUCAUUUCUAAGAAAAUGCAGUUUGAGCAGGAACGCAAGAUGGAAAGGGGGGAGAUAUGCGAACCCCCCCCGGCGCUCUCCCCUUGCUGUUUUUUCAAAGAUCACGAAAUGCACAAGGAAAAAGGAGCGGAUGGCGCGAGAUCCUUGCAAAGGCAGACCUCGAAAUUUUCGGAGGCGGGUUCGGAUCUCACGGUUGUGUGUUUGGACGACCUGGCGGACUUAGGGGACAACAAUUCGUGCGAUCCCAAGGACGACAUUCAGAGAGAAGACACUUUAACUCUUGCAUCAGGAACUAAUUUAGAGCCCACAAAUGAAGCUGGAUUCAAUACUAAAAAAGGAGCAUUCGAAGCGUCCAAAAGCACGCUGCUUCGUAGCCAGAAUAGCGCAUUCAGAUCCUGGAAGGACGGUGAGCAACACUUUGAAAAGGAACAUAAAAGCGAUAAAACUCCAGCGGGAAGACCGCACUCGUCAACUGGCAAACUGGGGAAAACAGACGUAGAGAUCGAAGUGGGCGGCAGCAGGCUGACUAAAAUGUCGCAUUUGUUUGUACCGAGUAUACAUGUUAUGUCCGAGGAGAGGGGGACCGGGAAACAGCUGCCGAAUAUGAAAUAUUCAACCCGCACGGCCGCGCAUCAGACAGAAGAAGACAAAGUGCGCUUGGACAACACUCUAUACGUGGCGGACACGGCGAGGAGUGUUGUCACAUCGAAGUCUCCGGAAAUCAAAAUAAGUUUACGGAGCGUGAAAGACAGCAAAGGCAAUCCAUUUAACAUUGCUAAGCUGCUAACUCCCAAUAUAGGCUGCAAUGCCACCGGCUUGAUAAAGACAGCUGAUGACUCCAAAUGCCAAGCGCACGCGGUGUCAUUAAAGGGAGACGCGGCGGAGAAAGUGCCGCACUUCAUGGUCCGAGACAUCCGAGAUAACAAGAGCAAGCUGCAAACGCCAAUUCACCAGGUCAGAGACGUGCGGAAAUUGGUUAAAAGCUCCUAUCACUUUUCUUCGGAUGCGAACGAGAGCAAAACUGCCGCUGCCUCAGACGUCCUCGCGGAGCACAGCCUUCCCAAACCUGGGCCUUCGAGAAACCCGUCGUCGGUCUCACCGAUAGUUAUUAAAUGUCAGUCCGUGAAUACAAAUAGCAAUGUGAAACGAUCUGGAAAUCUAAUAGAGGUGCCCAAACGCAGACCUGCCGAUAUUACGACGGAGUGGGAAAGGUUGUCCCCUCAAGUACCGACAGAGGGCGCUGACAGUGGCCCCAUACUUGUAUAUCCAUCUGCAAGCAGGCCUUCCUUGGUUACUGCUAAGUUGCUGAACGGUGACCCCUCGGAACCGCCUGUCGAGGGGAAAACUGAAAUUGUAAGCUCCAAAAGGAAACAGGAUAAGGCUACUGAUACGAGUGAGAAGAAACCAGAAUCCAAAAUGGCCAACCAGGCUGCCUUUGAGAAACUACAGGCUGCUGUGAAAACGAUGGAGCAGCUGUAUGUCUUUGACAGGAACGAAUGGAAGCGCAAGAGUGAGCCCCAGCCAAUCACGGACAGUCAUGUGCUCUCCCUCAUUGCCAGCGAGGAGCAUGGGAUUCUGGGUAAAACAGAGUCAGAGGAGGAGGAUGCAGGGUACGCGGGCAGUACAGAAGCUGAUGUCCACAGCAAGCACUUCAAGAGAAGCGAUUCUUACUCAGACAUGGAGAGAUCCCUGGCAAGCAUGUCGACCACGGCGCUGCUCCGAGAGGACAGAGAGCAGCUGAAAAUGCUCCACAUUCCCUUUAGCUGGGAGGAGAAAGAUGCACCCAGAUCACAAUCUCUACAAAGUGGAGCACUUGGUAGUAAAAAUGCCUUCACCUUCACGCACAGUCAAAAGGCAGCUGCAAGUGGAGGGAGCACUAGGGGGUCUCAGGCGUGCGCCUCUUCACAAACACCUUUCAGCUCUAAAACAUUUGCUCCGAAAGCUGCCAAGGAAACCACGUCCUUAAAGAUAUCUCACCCUAAGGGCACAGUCGACGAGAGGGAGACGAUAAAUAAUGAUGAGGCAGAGAAUUCUGUACUAGCCAACAUGUCUGCUGUAUCUAACUCGGAGAACUACCUGACCAUACCAGUCAAGUCCCACGCUGGCGACGGCAAACCGGCGGCCGCGAUGGUGCGAGAGCAGGCCGUGUAUACCUUCACGGCAGCUAGGGGGCAGGUGCGGGCCAGCAGUCCCAGCGGGCAGGGCGAGAGUCUGAGCAACGCCAGCAGACACAACAGCAGUAGCCAAUCGCCAAAGAGGUCAACAGUGGUCAUGGAGACCCGUUCGGCAGACACCCCCACCGCGACCAUUUACCAUCACUCCAUCCCCAUGGCACAGCCCCAGGUGAUCUGUUUCUCGUCUGCGCCGGUUCCGCCCACUCCCAGCGACCCGUUCCAGCCAAUGCAGCGGAAAAUGCUGCUGGACCCCACCACGGGACACUACUAUCUGGUGGACACGCCCAUCCAGCCGGCCACCAGGAGACUGUUUGACCCAGAGACGGGGCAGUACGUGGACGUGCCCAUGCCGCAGCCGCCAGUGGCGUCGCUGCCCAUGCCAAUGCCCCCCCUGGCACUCAAUCCAGCCCCCUACGGCCCCGCCUACAUGAUCUAUCCCAGCUUCCUGCCAGGCCCACCCGUCAUGCCUGCUCGGCCUCCGCCCACAAUCUCUGUGUGCGCCGAAUCAGAGGAUACUGAUAGGGCCCCGACUAAGAGCCUGCAGGGAGAUGUUGCCUAUCUGGAGGGGCCGUAUUAUAGCCCCACAGGGAAGGCCCUGCAGGCCCAGCAAGUCACCACUAGGGGCACCAAAGGGGUUACGAAUAGUAAGCCCAUCAUCAGCAUCACCUCACAACAAGGGCCUAGGAUCAUCGCCCCUCCUUCUUUUGAUGGAACCACCAUGAGCUUUGUAGUGGAGCACAGGUAAAAGUGCGACAGACCUGACACAGUCAACUUAUGAAGAGUGCGAUGUCUCAGGCUUCUUUGGAUCUUUUCCCCACCGAUUCCGCCGUGGGUGCAGUCAGCUUCCCGUGCUUCUCCACCCCCUUCAGCAUGAAAUGGACCCCCCCCCCCACACCCCCAACCAAAGUUUGGUAUUUUGUACUUCUUCACCACGUCUCUUUACAGAAGCUUUUCUGUGAUUUACAAAUUUGAUUUUGUUUGCCUUGGAUUCCAGAUGUAUAGACUUCCCGUGUCUGUCAAAUUUUUAUUGAAAUAUUUUUCUCGAUUUUUCCCCCCCCCCCAAGUAACCUCCUAUGCUAAGGCAACUUUUCAGCCUAAAAUCAUGCCAUUCAUAGCACAAACAGAGGGCAUCCUGGAUCCUGGAACGGUUUAACAGCUAUCAGAAAAACCAGGCCACGUGUGGUUUAUCCAGAAUACCUGCACUCUUCCUCAGCAUCUGCGGCACCCUUUACACAUCCCAGCUCAUCCUGUGACCCCAUGUGCAGUACGGCCAAAGGUCGCUGGAGAGGACAUGAACAGGUGUGUGUGUGUGCGUGUGCGUGUGUUUACAUGUGUCCAUGGUGACGCCAUUCUCCUCGACUUCUAAUUAUUAUGCAGAAUGAUGGGAUGUCUUCCAAACAGAGAAAAAUGAUUUUUUUUAGACUAUAUCCAGAGAGGAGAAAUUUAACUGCACCGAAUCCACGAACCUGACAUUUUCUGGGGUUCUUCUGUACUUUAGUCAGCAGUAUUACCCAGCAGAGAAAAUAAUACCAGAGGAAAACAUCAUUAUACUGAUUAUUUGGAAAUCUGAAACCAAGUUGGAAGUCUGGUCAGACGUGUCAACACAUAGCUCGUUAGGCCUGAUAUGAUUCUGCUGUACUUUAUACAGUUUAUAAAGAUUCCAGCAGAUUUAAAAGAAGGGAUCUUCUGGAAUCCAUCUCACGUUUGAGGUUGCUUUUCUUUUUUAAUCGUGUUACUCUGAGUAUAGUUAUCAGGGCUUUGAUGCUGCUGGUCAGCACUUCUGUACAAAUACAUUUUAUUAAAGUUUCUCGUGUAAAAACAUUGUAACAUAAGGUGCCUUGUGAAAGCGCAUGCCAGGUUGGACUGUGAGUGUUCCACUUGAAACGUCAUGAUGUUACUACAAACAUUUGCUGCAUAUUUUUAACUGUCUACAAAGCAUCAUUCGUGUGAAAGGAAAAGGAAAACGAUUACAUGUAAAAAUAAUUAUAAUUGUUUACGAUAGGUCCCUUUUGAAGAAUUCAUACUUCAUAGUCGAGAUGUGUUGCGUAGGUGUACGUGUUAUUUUUCUAUUUGCCUUUUUUCCCUUCCAACAGUCCUAAUUCAGUGUGAAUUACUUCAAAAAGGGACGGCGCAUGGACUCAUUGUAUCAGGCAGGAGUUCAUUCAGCAUCAAACUCUGAUGUUAAACUUUGUUAGAUCGUCUUCCCAUGCUUUUGAGACAGAGAUAUGUAAUGUGGAGUUACCGUUGCAGGAAUACCUGAGUAUUACAUUAAACCUAAAGGCAAAAAAACGAAUCAAAAAAAGCUAACUUAAAACUGAUGAUCUUACACGGUCUGUGUGGGAUACCUUAUGAUGUGCAAAUCACCAUAUUACUUAUAUAAUAUGUUAUGUACAUGUGAGGCAAGUUUAAGUGUUUAGAUAACAAUACAGGAAUUCCAAUGCGCUACAGGCUUUUAGUGGGCGUUCAGUUGAUUUUGUCCAAGGUGGAUCAACACAUAGACAUCGCAGGUUUACAAACAUGGUGCAGAAACCAAUACGCUUAGUGCACGUUAUGUAAUGCUGCAGGUUUUCUGUGCUGCUACCCUACAGGCAAUGGUAGUGCACAUCUAUACUUAUUUGGGGUGUGUGUGUGUGUGUGUGUGUGUUUUUUAAGGCUAAUGUAAUGUUUGGGUGUGUAAGUAUCCAUGUGAUGGGAGAACAAGGAAUGUGAAGAUGGCCAGAAGAACGUGUGAAAGUGCAGGAGGCAGGCAGGGCUUAAUGUGUGCCCCACGGCCUCAUGGGAAGAGAGGACUGGACGGCACUCGGGACAGAUCACAGGGCAAGGAGGCACAUGCAGCCAAUGGACUACUGGGAAUGUAUGGGUUUGGACUGGGAAUCUGUGGGUUUGCUACUGGGAAUGAAUGUGUUCUGCCAGCAAAUGUACAUUAUGAGAGUUGAUGAAUAAAUGUCAUGUACUUUUCCAGUAA